UCUGUUGAACUUGCUAAAAUUUCCUCCUACUUUAACAAGCUGCUUCCUGUUUCCGCCCCCCGCCCCAUCUGAGACCAACCGAGAAACCCGCAAGAGACCCCCAAGAGAACCAAGACGCCCAGCCCACAUGUAGCAACAAUGGAUACAGUGCCACCAUCCUAUCAGGCUGCCACGGCCCGAGAUGCAUGGUCUAUUAUAGCGCAGUACAUCCCAUCAAGCGACCUGUGCGCUGCUGCCUUGGUGUCGCGAAGGUGGCACGAACUAUUCAUGCCAUUUCUGUGGGGUGAUCCAGCUUCGCAUUUUGGAACUGAGAAUGAUGCUUUCUACGUCGCUAUGACAAGGUUCAGGCGGACACUCAAGUAUGCCCGUCUCGAGGUGCGGAUGCUCACUCACACACUGCAUCUGCCCCCAGCGUUGUCCGAAAUCUAUGGCGGGCCACGACCAGAGUGGCUGAGAGAGAUUCUAGACUCUCUGCCCUGUCUUCAGUCUCUGAUGGUCUCUGAGUUGCCUUUCUUUGAUCACAAUGCCAUGAUGGCCUUGAAAGGUGCCAGUCCUGCUGCGGAAGAUGAAAUGACCACAUCUUGCACGUACAACGUCCGCUUACUUCUGGCGGACAGCGAGUAUAACACGACCUCACAGGGAAUUGCAGAGACGCUGUUGCAUUUCCCUGAGUUGACCUACCUUGAUUUGUCCUAUACCACCCCUGCUCGCGAUCGUUUGGUGCUUUCAGCCCUGUCCCAAUUGGAACGUCUUCAGGUGCUCAAACUACGGGGUAUCGGACUGAAAGAUAACGAUGCCGAGUUCCUUGCUAAUGCUAUUAGCUAUCGUGUUCGAUUUCUGGAUUUACGCAAUAAUCACCUCACUGACAUGGCCGUGCGGUCUCUGCUACAAGCCUGCUUCCGACCCACCACCCAUGUCACCGCAGAGGAUGGGCCGAGAAGGUCAGGAACUUGGGGCAGUCUUGAUGGCUCACAGUUAAUGCCGGCUUUGUCACUUCAAAAGUUUCUGAGUUGUCCUAUGCUGGAUGAACAAUACAUGAUAGCGUUGACGCAGCCAUUGACAGGACGCUCCUGGGUGGAGGACUUGACGCAAGUUGGUAUAACCCAUCUGUAUAUCGCAGAUAACCCAAUUUCUGUCGAAGGGGCCGCGAGCCUACUUGCCUCGUCUCGUCUGCACGCUCUUGAUGUCGGAACGGUUGAUACUGCCGAUUCCAUUAAUAGGCAACAUUCGUUAGCCUCUUCACAUGAGAACCCUGGACAGCUUCCAGGCGCAGAGAAAUUGAUACCCGUUUUGGGGUCCAAUGCUACGAAUAACCUCACCUAUCUCAGAGCCCACCAUGCCCUUUGUACGGCUGAAGCCCCCGCAAAAGAAGCCACGUCACCAGACGCACUGUUGGCGGAGCUCCCAGCAGAAAGUGCCGAUUGCGAGCCACUCAUACCGGAGCUAGAUCCUACUAACGAGAUCCAUGAGCUACCGUCGGAGUCAGGCCCCAUUUAUGAGCUCCCUGCUACCCCAGUGUCUCAGCCAUCGAGCUCCUCUUCGCGAGCUGCUGAACACAACCCGGGCCCGACUAUCUAUGAGGACGAGCCAUUACCUGAACAGCGACGUGGUUCAAUUUUCGCUCCUGAGGUAGUAGGGGCCAUGCGCCAAUUAAAUGGUGAUGAAUUGAGUCAUUCUGAGCUCACCACUUCACCGUUCCGGCUGCCCCAUGGGCUGUCCAUAUCUAGUAUCUCAAGCAUCACGGAUAGCGUUGUCGACACGAUGGGUAGUGCAACGCUAUGUUCCUCGCCAGUGGCAUUGGACGACCCCCGUGCUCAGAAAGUCCAGGAGCUGCUUUCUAAGCGACCUAAAGGUCUUCCUCGCCGGAAUAGCAGGAGAUGCCAUUAUUGUCCAUAUCUUCAUCCUUCCCAUGUCUCUCAUUUGGAACAACUGGUACUGACUGAUGUUCCAUCUCAUGUACCGGCUAAUUCGCCAAUAUUAGCAUCUUUGAUUCGUUUUAUAACAGCCUGCUCGAACGAAACAUUACUAGCAACGCUUCAGGCACGGUCAGACUACUCGCUUCCACCCGGUCAGGCUCGAUUACAGGCCGAACAAGAGCGUGCUCGGUCCUUGUUCGCCUUGCGCCGGAUAGUGCUAGAGAUCACGCCAACGCCUCCCCAUCAAGGCCGUGCGAAAUUGACCCCUUGGAAACCCACCAGCUACCAGACUGGUGCUCCGAAAUCAAGCACUGGAGACCGUGACCUCGAAAAUCUUUGGUCGGCUGCCGAUGAUGACUUCAGCUUCUUUGGGGAGGAAGAGUGCGGGGUCCCAGACGGCUAUUCAGGCAAAUACUUCCCCAUGGCUGUCUUGAAUGAAAAGGUCUCGUUGAUGCCCGAAGAUGAUGAUAUCAAGCCCUCUGGACAUCCAGAGGCAAACGCCGCCUCAUCACCAAUUUUCCUUAACUCGGGUUGGCCACUAUCACCACAAGGUCGUUCGAGGACUACUUCGCUAGGGUCAACACCUGCCACCACAAGCAGAAUAGAUUCUGCCACCGGCAAUCCUCAACCCGAGGUCCCAAUGGUUGAUCUCGUCGCCGAGUUGGCGGCCUUCCGGCGCGCUAAGAAGAUGGAGUACGAAGACGGGGUAAGGCGCGGUCGAAGGCGGGGGGAUACAGUGGGGACCACAGCCACCUCUCACCUUUCUCCUAGUACUACAAUCUCCUCUUUUCGAUCACCAUCUCCUUCUCCGAGCUUUACCUCGUUGGCGGGGUCGUCGGCGUCUACGUUGUCUAUCACCAAGUUCGUGGAGGGUCAUUGGAAAGGGGAAAUGAAAGUGAUACGGAACCCAGCUCCUAAGGGACGUAGUGGGGUCGUAGAUAUGUAUGGGAACUAUUUCGAGAAGGGCUACCUAUACCCGUGAUCAAGGGGUGAGUGCUUGUCUGGAGAACAUAGGCAGUCCCAAUGCAUGUUUUAGGUGUACAUAAAUGCGGGACAAGAGACUGGACAUAUUUCGGCGGAGAACGAAUGAAGACGAUAGACUCAGAAAGCAAUUGAUGCGAUUUGACAAGCGUG